UCUAAACCACACCCGUUUCAAUUAGUAUAGCCACGCCCAUCAUCAAUACAUUUCUGGUUUUUUACAUUGACACCAUAUACAGGGAGUAUGCCUAAGGUGAGGAGGAGCAGGAAGAAACCUCCUGAAGGAUGGGAAGUCAUAGAACCAACACUGGAUGAACUCGACCAAAAACUAAGAGAAGCUGAAAUUGAGACUCAUGAAGGAAAGAGAAAAUCGGAAGCUCUCUGGCCAAUAUUUAAGAUUCAUCAUCAAAAGUCUCGUUACAUUUAUGAAUUAUUUUACAAGAGAAAGGCCAUCAGCAGAGAGUUGUACCAGUUUUGUUUGGAUGAGAAUAUUGCAGACGCAGCGCUUAUCGCCAAGUGGAAAAAGUCCGGUUACGAGAACCUCUGCUGCUUAAGGUGCAUCCAACCCAGGGACACUAACUUUGGAACUGCUUGCAUCUGCAGAGUACCAAAGAGCAAACUAGAAACAGAUAAGAUCACUGAAUGUAUUCAUUGCGGCUGCAGAGGUUGUUCUGGCUGAUGAACUUAUUUCUCUCUCUCUCUCUCUUGUUCAAUUACAGUCCAGUGUAUGUGUGUAUCUCUUUUAAUAAGAUUACUGAUAUCAGUCAAUAAUAUGGUCUAACUGCUUCCCUCUCAUUACACCAUUGACUAGUUGUUAGGAUAAUGAUGAAUAUUUAUAUAAAUAGAUGACAGAAUUAUUGUGAAUUAAUAAA